GUCCGUGUCAGUCACUGCAAAUCGGUUUGUCGCCACCUUAGCCUUCGCCGCCGCCGCCGUUGAAUUACGUCUAACGUCCGUCGACUGGUAAACGUUUAAACGGUAAACGACCGUUGUUCGAGAUUGGCCGAUUUCACGGUAUCAGUGUGCACAAACGGUUCGGUUUUUUAAUCGCCCAGACGGUCAAGUACUUUAUUAUUUUUUUUUUUCAAUUAUUUCAAGUGAUAUUAUUGCAAUAUCCUAUCGUCGGCCGCAGCGCGAAGUAAAUGGAUUAAAUAACAAACGACUCGGAUUUCACCUGAACGUGGAACAACUAGAAACUGUCAUUGGAAGUGCUUUAAGCCCAAGCUGAAGAGUCCUUAACUCUGGUGUACCGGACUCGAUGUUUGCGCAUUUGUGUGCCAGACAAAUACUCAACCAAAUAAAGUGUUCAUCCGACUACCGAACAUUUUCUUCAAGCGUAUUCUACCUUUACUCCUCUAUAAGAAGUGUUGAUAGAAGAGCUCCAUGUGGAAGCACGUACUGACUAUAAGAUGACCAAAUGCACGGACAAUGCCUGGUAUCCGGCCUAUGCAGCUGAUCAUGAUGGUGAUGGUGAGUUAUGGUGCUACGUUCGCCGACUGGACGGACUGUCCAGCUCCUUGCCAGUGUAAGUGGAGCUCUGGCAAGAAGACUGCACUCUGCAAAGAUGUAGGAUUCACCGAAAUACCAUCGGUGUUAAACGCUGAUAUGCAAGUACUAGAUCUGAGCUCGAAUAGCAUUCGUCAUCUGCCAGAAGAUUCGUUUAAAUCGGUCGGCUUGCUAAAUUUGCAACGCAUUUUCUUGCGUGGUUGUGGCAUACGAAACGUGCACAAGGAUGCUUUUCGAGAACUAAAAAUACUCAUAGAGCUCGAUCUCAGUGAUAAUCUAAUAGGAUCAAUCCACCAAGAAACUUUCCACGGCAACGAACGACUGCGUGUGUUGUACUUAAACGGCAACCCGUUGGCUGAACUAAAAGAAGCUCAGUUCCCGGUGUUGCAGCAUCUCCGAACUAUCGAGUUGCAACAUUGCCAAAUCAAGCGGAUUCAUCGAGAUGCAUUUCUACAUUUAUCUUCGUUGGAAACGCUCAAUCUCAAUGGAAAUCUUUUGAAACAACUUUCAGAAACCGUGUUCUUACCCAUAUCUAAACUGAAAACUCUUUCCUUGGACGGGAACCCGUGGGUAUGUGACUGUCAACUGAGGAGUUUCCGAAAUUGGUUCGUGUCCUCUAACCUUUACUCACAUCCGCUAACAUGCAUUGAGCCACCUGCUUUGUCGAGCACUCGAUGGGAAAAUAUCGAGCCCCAAGAAUUCGCGUGUCCACCAGCUGUGAAGAUAAAUAGAAACAACGUGCUGGAAGAAAAUGGCAACAACGUGACUUUUGUCUGUGAAAUAACCGGGGAUCCCGAACCUGAAGUGAGUUGGUACUUCAAUGGACACCACAUAGAAAACUUCACCGACAGGAUAGACGAAAACCGAACGUUGCUUGAAAUAGGCCGUAUUUGGAGCGUGCUAAGCGUGUCUAACGUGUCAGAGAAUGUGGCGGGUGACUACACGUGUGAAGCCAGAAAUUCUCGCGGUCAAAUGUCGACGAAUGUGUCUUUGGUGUUACCUGAAGUAGCUGUAGCAACAACUCUAAGCAAAUCUAAAUCCGUAUACCUAGUUGUGGUGUGUGUCGCGGUUAGUGUCACGGCCUUGCUGUUUACGGUCGGCUUGGCUUGCUGCAUUUGCCACGUAAGAAAAGUAAGCCGCAGCGGCGGGCGCCGAGUCGGCAAGCCAAAUUUCAAAGGGAGUGCCAGCUUCAGCGACGCCGACAAACGUUUAUUGGAUGCCAGCAUAUCCACUACCCAGGCAGGAAGCUGUGAAGUCCUCGGUGGCGGUUCGCCGUCGUGCCAAGACCUCGAACUCAUUGAGCAAUCUUUGCAGAGUAUACCGUUGGCGGCUGUGUGUGACCAACAGCCCGUCCACAUAACUAUCGAGAGCCACGACCCCGGUGUGUCCGUGUACCCGCCACCGCCAGAGUUCUCAACUAGCAUUCUGCCGUCAGUUAGUGGGUUCGGAAAUAUAUUCAUUUCCGUUUCCGUCAGCCAAGAUCCUCAGGAACAAGAAUCUAGAUAUCCCGAUUUGCUGGACUUGAAACACAGGCAAAAACAAAACGUUAGCGUAGGCACCGCUGACCUACAGCAACAUCAAAUGCCCGCCGCUUCUUAUUAUGCGACAAUGCCCAGGAAAAAUCGUUACAAGGAUCCAGACCACUCACAUUAUUAUCACCAUCAUACUAUGAAAUCAGCUGCUACUCCACACUACGAUAAUAUGGGUCCUAGAAUCACGGCUACCGGUAGCUGUACCAACCUGUCGGCAUUGUCGAUCAGUGGUGGAUCCUCCGACGAAAUUCCUCCACCUCCCCCGCCGCCGCUUUGCACUGGUCAUACCGAUUACGUGGCUCUAUAAAAUUGAAUUCUAUUCAAAACCAUACAGUAAAAGGUUGUUUGUAGAACUUGUAUUCCAUUUCCAUAAAAAUAUUUCGUUUACAGUUUUAUGGAAUACUAUGUUGCCGGGUAAAUGACCGGACACCGACUAAGCCUUCUUGUUUAUUAGAUGCUAGUCUUAUAAUAUCAAAAUGCGCUAUGGGAUAAAAAUUUCACAUGGGGUAGGCAAAAUUAUCUCGAAAAAAACUGUAUCGUUUCUGUUACUGACGCAAAGACUCAAAAGCGCCAGUUUUAAUAGUACAUUAUACAUCUUUAAUCACAUAACAUUCAUUUCUUAGAAAACGAAGUUAAAGUGUUAUGAAUAAAAGGGUAUUAAAUGGCGAAAGACACAGUCCAAAAUAAUGAAUAUAUGGUAAAUGGGUUUUCCCAUUUACCCGAGGGAAAUGAAGAAGUACACAUUGUAUUAAAUGGUUCUGUUCUAUUUUUUGCUUUGCGUUGUCAGUAGCCUAAACUCGACAAUCUUUAUAGUUUUUUUUAAAUAAUGACAAUUUGUUUCCAGAUUCUUUAACUAUCAAACAUCUAAUAAUAUUCUACUAUUUUUUUAACAAUAUGAGGUUUUAUAAUUCAUGUAAUUUUUUAACUAUCGCGAAUCAUUUUGAUUGAUACCUACUUAAUUAUUUUAAUUUUAUAUAGUUUACGUAGUACCCAAUUUAUAGAAAAAGAUGAUAUUGACGAUCUAAAAAUAAUAAUAAUUGACAACUAUGAAUGUGUUAAGGCUUUCUUGGAUUUAAAUAUUGUUAGCUUGAUAAUCUUCGAAUGUUUCCAUGUCUGUAAUGAAUCUGCAAUGAGUCCGAAACGUCGUCAACAAAUCAAAGACAUUAGAUACAUCCAAAGAUUACAAAUUAAUGAUUGACACUAGUAAAAUAGUUCGUCUAUAUGUAUGAAGUUUCAAAGUAGUAUUCAUUUUUUUUUUCUGAGUAAUAUGUAAGCCAUAAAAAUUAAGUUAAUCAGUUACCGACGCAAGUAGAUUACCUAUAUUAUUAUUCAUUUUAAAUUUAUAAGCUAAAACGAAUGUUAUAUUUAUCUGUUGUACGAUACUACAAUCAAUUACAUUUUAAUGUAUGAUAUUUAUAUAAUGUACUUAUAAUUACUUUUCUGUAUUCAUUUUUGUAAACCACUUUUCGAAAUUAUUGAUACUACAUCAUUAUUUACUUAUU